UUUAUUUUCCCUCGUUUUUUUUCCCAGACCCAUAUAUACCCAAACCCCUUUCUCUCUCCUCUCAGACCGAAACCCUUCUCCUCCCUUCUCCUCUCAGACCCCAAACCUCAAACCCAAACUCCUCUCACCCAAACUCCUCUCAGACCCCAAACCUCAAACCCAAACUCCUCUCAGACCCAAACCCCAAACCAUGAGAACCCCAAUCGACUGAACCCCAUCCUCUCGAGCAUCCUCCGAUCAUCCUCUCGGGCCGAUCUUCGUCUCGUGCAGCGGCAUCUCUCAGGAAGCUCCGUCGUAGGCGGCGGCAUUCAGAAUUUCAGGGACCACUCUAGAGUCUCGGGCAUUUGCUAAAAAUUUUAUUUGGAUUCCAAGGAUCACUGGAGGCUUAGAUAUGUCUUCUGCGGUUAUGAAACAUCACGAAGGUGAUGGUGGGGCAGAUCCUCCUCCAGAUCCAAUGCAGAUGCAGGCUGAUUGUGAGAGAGUGACGACUAAAACGAAAAGGCGUGGCAUCAACAAAGGGUUUUCAACUCGAGAAGCUAGAGUUGCAUUAGGUAGACCACUACCACUGGAAUGGGAUGUUCGAGGGAAGACUUACAAAGAAAUUGGUGAUUAUUCCCAACAUUUCUCUAGAGAGAUCGGCAUUCUCAUUCGACAAUAUGCCGAUCCCGACUACGACCGAUGGGAUAAAUUACCCAGCGAUGUUAGGGAUCGCAUACUUCCUCGUCUAGAGGAUGAUUUAUUCGACAUUGGUCGAAGUCGAUAUGCCUCAGAGAACCUCCCCGGCAUUCUUUUGGGCAUUCAACGGUCGUGCGCUGAUCGUUACUCGGAGUGGAAGAAUGACUUGUCCACUCAUUUAAAAAAGAAUGGUCGAGCACAUCCUCCUGAUGGUUUGGGCAUGGAGAAAUGGCAGAAGGCGCUCCAGUAUUUUGAUCGCCCUGAAGUGAAGAGGCGUUCUGAGAUUAACUCUGCGAACAGUGCAAAACAAAAACAGAGAAGCGUGCAGGGCUCACAGUCUACGCUAGCCCUUCGUUACAAGAAGCGUGAUUUACAAACUGGGUGUCUUGCUGGGGUUCCAGAGAUUUGGAUGGCGACUAAGUACAUAGACGGGGAAGGUUGGGUGAGCAAGGCAGCAAAGGAUAACUAUGAAAAGAUGAUGGAGAUACGUGACACUCUGCAGUCACAAUCAUCUACGAGCACUUCUGCUUCGAGUACUAUCCCGAGAGAAGAGGAUGACAUUAUUCUUGUUGAGACGAUCUUUGGACGUCGUCGAGGCUAUCAGCCGGGCCUUGGUCGUAGGAUUCGCACGAGGGCGAAUUGUGAAGCGGCUGGUGUACCUCAACCAGCCCAACCACCUCCUACCGCACAAGACAUGCAAGAGGUGAAGGAGCGACUCCGAGCCAUAGAGGAGCACUUGGCUAGGAUUGGUGGAGUCUCGGGAUCUGGAUCUUCUCAGCAAGGUCAUGGUGUCGAUCCUACAACACCUAGUUAAAAACAUUUAUAUUUAUGUAUUUUAAUUUUACUAUGAUACUGACUUUGUCAUAAAAAUAUUUAUAGUAAAAAUAUAAUUUUGUGCAUAGUUAAAUUUAUCUUCUA